AUGUUUGACGACGCGUCUCGCUCGCCAAUAACAAGCCCCGAGGGGCAGCAAGGUGCAUCAUUGCUUGCAGCAUUGCCCGGUUAUCCAUCCCGUGGCGGUACGCCCCUUCCGCGCCCGAUAGGCUCUGGUGCCACUGUGACCACUUCGAUGAGUGCGCCCAGUGCGGCUGGGUACGGUAGCGUUAAUGGUCAAAACCUUGUCGAGGAGCUUAGGCAGGCUCGGCGCGAGAUCGAAUCACUCAAGUCAAUGGUUAUCCAACUCUUCUUGCAGCAUGACCCCUUCCACGCAGCAGAAAUGGCAAUCGAGCUGCAAAUGGAGAAGAUGCGUUGUGUGGAGGCAGUAAGAGUCCGUGACUCUGCGGUUCAGCGCUUGUCUUCUGCAUAUGACUCCAUAAAAGAGAAGGCGACAACUAUCGGACGUCUUCAAAGUGAGAAAGCCGACCUCGAAUGCCGACUUGCGAAUGCCGAAGCUCGCAUCAAAGAAGCUGCAGAGCAGGCAAGAGUCGAAGAAAGGCAGCUAAUGGAAGGAGAGCUUGCUCGUUUGCGCGAUGUUAUCCGUAGUUUGAAAGAUAGCGUUGAAGCUGAAAAGGAGACGCGAGCAUCAGCCACCUCUUCGCCGGUUAUUACAAGAAGUAUCAAUGACAGCGGGUCCCCGAAUGACGAUGCCUCUUCUUGUAUCACAGCUGUCGAUAGCAACGGAUACGGAGAGAAUAUUCUUCAGUCCCUCACAAACGGAAUUGACCACCUCGCGAUUGGGCAGGCAUCGGAGCCAGUCUCGCCUUUGCAUGGCUCUGGGCCCGGAACUAUUGCUCCUCCAUGCCUGAAGCUUAUCGUCGGUCAAGAGCUUCAAGCCUAUCGCAUCAAUCAUGGAAAUCCAGCCGACAUGGUCAGGGCCAGAAACGCCGUGUUGACUGCUCUUCCGAUGCCUCCAGGCAUCCCGGAAGAUGAACUCAAGCCUAUUAUUCUUCCAGCUUCUUUGUCAAUCCAUGAAUUCCUCAAUAACUGUACAGCAGUAAGUAAUGAGUUACAUUUCGUUGACCCGACGUACGUGCUCAUGCCAUACAAGCAGAAUAGUCUCACGGGAUAUCGAAUCUUCCACGAAACUACGACCCGUUGGUGCCCUGAACGUGAAGAACACGGUUAUUUCCUUACCCCGCUGUACAAAUGCACCACGAAAGCGCGAGUUUCAACUGCUCAUUCCUGGAGUGAGGUUGACCCAAGGGGUCGAAUGAUGGAGCCAACAGAGUGUUUUUAUAAUCGUCAGGGAAAGUGGUACUACGCGGGGCAGUACGUCGCUCUUCGAUUGGACGACUUCAGCUCGAAGGAGUGGAAUGACCUUGACUCCGAGACGUCAGCGAUGCUAGUUAAGGAAACGUUGGCUGGCAGGAAGAACACGUCGCCAACUGUCCACUAUGAGGUGUCGCAACUCUAUUCCGCUGGAGCCCUCAAAAUUGCAUGUGUUGGGCUUCAAUGUGUUGGCUUUAACUUGGCACUCUACGAGACUAUCAUGGAACAGGCCGCAAAAUGUCGACAAGGAGGCCGCUGGAAAACGGGCUGGGGUGCAACAAGUUUCCCUACCAUGGACGGCUCGGAUAACACUGGAAACAACGGAACAACUACCGAGAACACCAAUGCAUAUUCUGCUUCGCUUUUCAACUUCCUGUGA